UUUUUUUUUGCGCGCGAUUGAACACCAUGCAGCCCAUCAUGACAACACCCAAUGGCAUUAUUCAUUCGCACGUAGAUGACGUAUCUAUGAAAAAGAAACCAGUUGUGGAAGAAGACAAGGUCAAAUUGCCUGUUGAAAUGGCCAGUAUGGUGCCACUUCGCGCACUGAUUGGCAAAUUGAUUCACAAGUCUUAUGCUGAUCUCAUGACACUCACAGACACACUACCCUCCAUGUCUGAUGUAGAAAAGAAACGACAGAUUUUGACAUACAGUAUCAGUGUACGAAAACAGUUUCUCAAGUUACUUGUGCUUGUCAAAUGGGCCGAGAAUGCGAAUGAUAUCCAAAUGUGUCAGAAUAUCAUGGCAUUUUUAGCAAAUCAAAACAAGAUAUUUCAGGACACAGUGGAUUAUUUACACAACAUUCAUGUUAAACUACCGGCAGCUCGACUCAGAAACUUUGAUAUUCCAACAGCAGUAGAUGUCUUAACCACAGGCACUUAUCAACGCAUGCCAACUAAGAUCAAAGACAUGAUGAUGCCAACACCUUUAACAGAUAGACAAGUGCUCGAGACAUUUCAACAAAUGAAUGAUGUGAUUCGUAUGCGUAUGAUGACAACUGAAGUAUUGCCCAGUCCUAUGCAAACUUAUCGUAUUGAAAAUGGUCGUAUUUAUUUCUAUAUUGAACAUGAAUUUGAAGUGGCAUUGACAUUGAUGGGACAUAGUCAUGAUAGACGAUGGUGGAUUGUGUCUUUAGACAUCUUUGUAUCGAGUGCUCAUGAAGGAGCAACAGAGGAUAUGGAUAUUUCAUUAAACGAGGCUCAGAAACAGCAUGUACGUGUGAAUGCACAGAAGCAAUUGGUGCCUCCUGAAGAGAAUGGACUGUUGUUUUUCCCUCUUGUGAAUAUGUAUGACUAUCUACACUUGUGUUGUCUGAAUAUGCAGCUAGAGAUUUUGUAUAUACAAGCUGCCAUGUUGGCCAAGACACGCUGGAUCAAUCAACUCAAGGUCCAGAUGAACCAAGAAAGAACAAAACUUACGUUAGUCUAUUGGCGUGGUGGAUCGCCUGCUUCACGCUGGGCCAGUCAGAGUCAUUCAAACAAGAACACGACCAUUGAGAUCAGUAUACGUGAUGCUGAUCCAUUCGCGUUAUCCAUGUCUAUGCGGGAUGAUUGGAAAGGAUUGAUUCAGAAAGCAGGUAUUGGUGCCAGUAUUCGUUUAUCAGAGAUGCCUAUGCAAGACCGACCUAAAGUAUUGGCUUCUUUGAAAUACCCUAAACAUAUGCUGGAGGUCCUUUGGGAUGGUCGUCCUGAGCUCUAUACAGAUCAACCCUUGCUUAAUCCUUCUCAUUUGAAUGUUGAGCAAUUGGUAUUACAUGCUACUAACCACCAUGGUCAAUGCAUGAUUAAUCAAUUCAGAUCCUUGCUUGUGUCACAAAAAGACUUUUUACAAGAAAAUGGUCUGUAUUUAGCAGAAGAAUCUUCACUGGUGAUUCGUUAUCGUCAUGCGAAAUACAUCAGUAUUGAAUCUGAUGCAAGAACAGGCCGUGUCAAGGCAUUUGAGGCCAGUGAUGGCUGUCAUGAAGGUGAUUUCAAACUCCGUAGUCUAGAAGACAAGUUAAACAAUGAUCCUGAACACAUUGCACGUCAUCUGUUAUGGUUACGAUCUGAAGUGGUCGUGCGUGAAGUGAUAUCACUAGCCAAACAGCUUAAUUUACAACCUUAUCAUCCCUCCCAUAUGAAUUUAAGGCCUGAAGAUAUUCAAAAGUUGUUUGGUGAUCUGACAGAGGCUAAGCAAGUCAGUUACCCUUCUCAUUGUAUCUUUUUGCAGUUCUCUCAAUUUGAAGAUUGGUAUUUUGUGAUUGCGACCGUCAAGAAUCAAUUCAAGUCAUGGUUAUGCUGUAUAAAUAAAACAUAUGAUGCGAGUGGAUUAUAUCAAACCAUUGUUGAUUUGACAUAUCUUGAAUGCGAUCAAUUAUGGCAAGACCAGUUUAUGGAUACCAAAAGACAUAAAAAACAAAGACUAUCGUAUGAACAACCUAUUGAUCGUCUCUCGAUUGACUUACGCUAUCUUGCCAAACUGGAUUCACUCUGUCAAGCCUACAUCAUGAACCGUAAGAUUGAACUUCAACUACAAUCCUAUCGACUAGCUUAUCAUACAAGACCUUUGCUUCAAUCCUUAACUGGGAUCGAGACACAUGGGAUGAAUCAUCCAGCAGCAGACAAGAUGGAAGUUGUGUGUGUAUCUCAACAAGAUGUACUCAAGACAUCGUCUGGUACGCUUGAUUCUUGGGUACAACGCUUGCUUCCUUUGUUAAAGAACGAUAUCAUGAUACGCUCAUUUGGUUGGUGGGGACAAUCAGGCGAUUGUUAUGUGGUAGUGCAAGAUAAACUGGAUGCUGAUGCUCUCCAUCUGAAAGGACAUGCGUUGGGUGACCACAUUGCACUCGAUAGAGCCACGGGUGUUGUCUCGUUUACCUAUACUCAGAUUGAUCGUUGUAUAGAACAGUUCUUGGUCGAUUGGGAACGGUUGUUUAUGAUGGCUAAUUUGGCAAGACAAGUGUCUUCUGUCUGGUUCAAGAAAUAUAAGGAUCAACUGGUCUUUGAAGCGACCGAUCUACAGUCAUUGCGAAUGACAUAUGCCAAGCAUUAUGGUUGUACUAUUCGUUGGGACACGAUCACCAAAGGUCAACAAAGACAAUAUCAGUUGGACUUGUUUACGCAUCAUACCAAACAGACACCGGUCACUGCCUUACCUACUCAGAUAAGAAACCCCCACUGGCGUAUUGCUAGUUUCUUACGGGAUGUCUUGAAUGACAAUCGAGAUUUGAUUUAUUUUGUACAGAUUCUCUUUCAAACAUUGCCUCUGAUGAGUUGUUUGGAACGUCUUGAAGUGAAAUGUAUUCAAGAAGGUGAUAUUGGCAAAGUCUCGAUUAUACCACGCGCGUAUGAUGCAGUACGCGUCAUCUUUUCUUCCAUGUAUGCCAUUGAUAUUCGCUUCACAGACAAAUCCACACUCUGUCUAUCCGAUGCAGCCUACGCAUCUCCUUUUUCUUCUUCUACUUCUUCUCCUCCUCCUGCACCUUAUUUACUUCCUUCCCUUCAACAGAAAAGCGAUGCUAUUUCAGUGGCUCAACAAUGUAAAUUCAUCCCAUUUGAUCAAUUCAGUCAAUUAUUAGAUACACUGGACAAGGAGACCUUUGAACCAAGUGUGGUUCCAUUUCAACAUGGAUUUUUAUGUUCAUCUGGGUUAUGUGAAGGCAUUUUAGAUAGACUCAUUUAAAUCAUUUGACAUGUCCAAUAAACUAGGUGAAUUGAGUAAACAGCAUCGCCAUACUUCAUCUUACCUUUCAAUCGUCUCUGGUAAUUU